AAAAAAGGUGUAGUCAUUAGCAUCACUAUUUGGAAUAGGGCGUGUGUCUAGCCGCAAUUAUAACCAUGCCACCUGUCCUUUCGAUGUGUUAUUUGAAGACCAAAGGGAGGCUUCCACAAUAAAUCUUUUCCAUGAAUGAUCAGCAAAACGAAUGACUUAUUUUCCAUGUUAACUUUAUCAGUCUAGAAGGAGAAAAACUUGCGCGAUAUGGAGUACUCCGGCAGCAGAACCCACGAGAGACAACAGAACGAUGCAACAGAGGAGAAUCAAACGUCAUAUAUAUCUACGAUCCAGACAAGAAUAGAAACCUCUACGAUCGUCAGCACCAAGGCCCCGGAACCCCAACCCCAGAACUCCGAAGAAGACUGGGGAUUUGGUGCAACAAGGGUGUAUUUUGUGGUCGACGAAAACGAACCACUGGUCAAGGAAUGGCACAAUGGCUUAAGACUCGCAGUGCUUGAAACAUUAAAACAGGAGAACAAAAAUGAAUGGCGCUCUGUCGACGUUCUCCGAACAGGAUACUAUGAUUGCUCCGUCCACAAGAAUGAAGUAUCCAUCAUAAUCACCGUUGUGCAGGGAGCCCAGAACUCAUUUUGGCGGGAUAUCGCUUGGUCCCUUCAUCAAGAGUGUCUAAAGAGGAACCUGCCAGAAGUCGCCAUACUUAUUAUUAACGGAGAUGUCGAAUUUCUGAACACGACCGAUCAAAUAAUAUCGGAACAAUACCAAAUCUGCACCUUGGGAGCCAGCAUUGGAGUAAAUCCACUCCCCGGCGAGGAUCCUGCUUCAGGAUCACUGGCCGGAUACGUCAUGGCGGCGGUAGACGGCGAAGAAAAAUUAUUUGGAAUGACGUGCCAUCACGUUAUCAAAUCUACUGGCCAUAAAGAGGCGUGCCCGAUGAAGAAUCCAACCAACCCACAGGUCUUCUCUCCUUCCCUAGAGGACAGAAAUAUUACAAUCAAAUCUUGCGAGGCUACUAUCCAGCAUCUCCAGGGACUGCUGGAAAAUGCAAUGGAAAGGGCAAAAAGCCGAGGCUGUGAAGACUGCAGCAAAGACAGCGUAGUGCAAAAGCACAUCAAUACAAUCGAGAAAUUAAAAAGUCGACUAAACGAAGAAAAAGAAUUCGAACCCCUUUUUGGGCGUGUGUUCGUUUCCUCUGGCUUCCGAACCUCGCUCGAAAAUCAAGGCCUAGAUUGGGCCUUGCUUGAAUGUAACAAGAAGAGGAUAGGAGAUCAACCAAAUGAGUUCGCACCGCACAAAAAGUAUUUGUCCUUCAUACCAGGUGAAGACUUUGUGAGCGGCACAGAAAAGCCACUGGUUGGUAAUCAGGUGUUCAAAUUUGGCCGGAGUACCGACUUUAGCGUCGGAAUUGUGAAUCCUCUCGAGUCUGAAAUCAAUAAACCCGAGUUUGAAAAACCAUUGCAGCAACGAUGCUAUAUAAGGUUACCGGGAACAACGUCGUUUGGAGAAAAAGGCGAUUCGGGUUCAUGGGCAAUAUCCAUGACGGGACGAGUUUGCGGCUUGAUCUUUUUGAAAAGAGACCAUGGCCCCGUUUAUGCGACUGACUACAACGUCAUCAAGGAGGACAUUGAGAAGAUGACUGGAUUGAAGGUAUACUUGCCGGGCGUUACAGAAGAAAUGGAAGACUUUUGAACUGGCCAUGGGUAAAACCAAGAUCAGGCAUAUGAUUGCGGCGUUCCAUGCAGAGAUUAUUGAUUGAUGGACAUCGCCACUAUUACUUCUGUGUCAUAUUUGGAGUUAUAUGGUUGUACCAGGUUUUCCAUUUCAAAAGUCAUCAUGGAUUAUGACGCACCGGUAAUAAAGUUUGUGAUAUUCUACAUGUCGAACUUGACAAUACAUCAAUACAUUUCACAAAACAACAGCUUCAUAGCUUCCAGAAUUAAUAUAAAUAUACAGAGUAGUAUUUGGCCAGAAAUCUUAAAGAAAAACAUAGUAUCCGUCG